AUGGAGCGUGGUGUGACCUCGGCAUCGGCAUCGGCAUCAGCACCGGCAGACGGCACCGUUGCGCCGUACAGUCAAGCCUGCGUGAACUGUUCUCGGGCCAAGUGCAGAUGCAUCGUCCGGGGGCACGGCGGUCGCUGUGAAAGAUGCCACCGCCUGGGCAAAGAAUGCACCCCGGCUACGAGCGCCCGAAGGCGUGGGGCGAGGGUGAGGCGCGCCCAGCUCGAGGACAAACUCGACAGUCUGGUCUCCCUGCUGCAGGCACAGCACUCGGCCAAGUCGCCCACACAUGCCCCUUAUGAUGAGCCAUCGACCCUGUCGUCUCAGCCUCGCCAGGUCUUGACACCCGCAACUACUACAGCCUCCGGGCCCGUCGCCGGCCUGUCUCCCGGCUCAAGUACCGCUGAUAGCGACGACGGGAUACCCUCGAAGCAGGCUGACGAGUUCUUCCAUCGUUUCCGCAACCAUCACCUCGAGCUAUUCCCAUUCCUCUACCUCCCAGCCGAGGUAACCGCCGAACAUCUCCAGCGCGAAACCCCGUUUCUGUGGUUAAGCAUCCGAGCAGUCUGUACGAGAUUACACGCCAAGCAGGACGAGCUCGGCCACCGGAUACGUGAGACGUUGGCAAGGCAGGUUGUGGUCGAAGGGGAACGCAGCAUGGACCUGCUCCUAGGCUUACUCACCUAUAUGUCUUGGGCCUACUAUUUUGCGCGCCGUUCCAAAACGAGCCUUCGCAUGUUGGCCGGCAUCGCCAUGUCACUCGUGUCUGACCUGCAGAUCAACCAACCCGAGGGCGAGCAACCUAGCAUGACGAAUCCUGGAGUGUCUAGACCUCUCGCCAGCACCAGGACGCGCACCAACCAGGAUAGGCGGGCCUUGUUGUCGUGCUUCAUACUCACUUCCUCUAUCCAGACCUUGCUCACCGGGGGUUUCGACCUGUGUCUCACGCCACACGUCAGACAUGCCGAAGAAGGAGAGUGCCAGGGAGACAUGAUGCUCGUAGCCAUCGUUCGCAUUCUCAAGGUGGCCGACGAAGCCGUCAAGGUAUGUAGCUCGGGCGACGUGGACCGUACCAUGUCGCCCCUGCUUUACGUCGGAGCACUGCGAGCAACGCUACAGCAGGCUGUGAGCAAACUUCCCCCGGAGCUUCUGAACCAUACCUUGUUUCUGCCAUCAUCAUUCUCCUUCUAUCGCCAUUUCGAAGUUCGGCGCCUCGAGUAUCUUCACGCCUGUCUGCAGUCUUCUAAGGCGGGCCUGGAUAACUUCCUCUCUUACGACAUAGCCCAGUAUCCAGCCAUGCCCAUGUCGGUUGGCCUGGGCUUCUCUCAUGCCCUACAGGUACUCUAUCGACUCUCGCUCCUUAACGAGCCGGGCUGGGACCUUGUGGCCGUGAGAGAGACGGCUGACGUGCUUCUUUACCUGGACCAGAUCGCUCGCAUCUUUGAAGAGAUUCACGAGAGCCUGGCGCCGGCGAGCGGACACGCCGAGUCUAACAUUUUCUCGCGAGUCUCCGAUGCGAUGCGGGCUUUCAUUCCCGUGUGGGCAGCAGCAUUAGAGAGAGCCGGUGCCCCGUCCCCUGUGAGGGAGACGGCAGUAGUUGAACCUGUGGACCUUGCCCUGAUGGAUUUCACGAAUGAUCUGUGGCUACAAGAUGUUUUCGGCUCGUGGGGAGGCUAA